GCGCAUAUCUCUCGUCGUCCAUAAUAUAUAUAAUUGGGAGUGGACCGCGCAUUUGUUUCUCUGUGAAAUUACUUCUCCGAAUCAAACGACAGCUUGUUCAAAAUACCAGAGGAAUUACCGUUAAACGGAUUUUAGCUUAUACUUUCUUAAUUUACACCUUUGGGGACUACCGAAACGAACUGCUUGAAUCUGCAGCCAUCUCAAAAUACAAAAAAUAUCUGAAUUUAUUUACAUAUAUUUAUAACAGCAAACAGAAAAACAACCAUGUCAUCUGCCAGUAUUCAAAGAACCGAAAAAGUAUAUACAGACAGUGUACCUGUUGACCACAGUCUAGAUGAUAUUAGUUUAAAUGGACAUGAUAUACCUUACUCACCAGAGCAUUUAGUAUAUAAUAUGGAAUAUCCUACAAAAGGUUAUGCUCUAGUCAUUAACAAUGAAGUAUUGUCAUUUGGUAAUGCUCGCGAAAUCUCGAGAGAAGAGGUACAUUCUAUGUCGGAUACACUUAAGAUGUAUGGAUUUAAAGUUAUCACUCGGAACAACUUGAAGGCUUGUGACUUCAGACAGAUAUUUAACGACGUCAGCAAACUGGACCAUUCAAAAUGUGCUUCUUUUGCUUGUAUUAUUCUAACCCAAGGAUUACAGUCUAGUACUAUUCAAUGCUCUGAUGAAACUAUCUCACUAACAGAGUUAUUACCAAUGUUUUCCCCCAACAAAUGCCCAACUCUCGUUGGUAAACCUAAAUUAUUUUUCAUUCAAAAUGCAGACACAUUAGCAAAUAGUGCACACAAUUCACAACUUUAUAGUGAUUACAAAGUUCCAAUGAUUUCUUUAUAUGAAGAUAUCCUUAUUUCCUCUUGUACUGUAAGCUCUGAGAGGAGAGUUGGAGGCUUUAUUGAGAUAUUAAGUAACAGCCUGAAGAACUUUAGAAAGGUGGAACUGCUUUCUAUUUUAAUGGGAGUCAAUUACGCCAUUGUUUCUAAGUCCAAGAACAAUGGUUCAAGAACUAAUGCCCCUUCUAUACUUUCAACUUUAACAAAACAAAUGACAUUCUCAUAACCUCAUUGGUGUCCCUCAUUUUCAAUCUUCUGUGGUAAUGGGGGAAUGGGGACUCCAAAAGAGAUCUCAGGGAGUAGAAUCUCUGCAUUCCUGAGUUAGUUUUCCACUACAAUUCUGCAAACAAAGAGACUUGGAGAAGCCAUUAUGAAAGACUGCCAAAUGUUGACCCAG